UGUUUACUGCGUCGAUUCCGCGCUGAUCAUAAAUGAGAAGGGGGCGGUUACAAAAUGGUUACCAGCCCGCAAUAAAUGUCGCUUUUUUCUAGGACUUCGUGUCCAGUCUAACAUCAGACUGCUGAUUACUCAAAAUGAGCUCAUUUGGCGGCCGCAUGAAAGAAUAUCCCAAUAUUUCCCUGGACCGUUUCGAUAAACAAAAUCUACAUGCCAGAGCCUAUUUUUUAUCCCACUGCCACAAAGAUCAUAUGAAGGGACUGAAGGCAACGGCCCUGAGAAGGAAACUAAAGCUUAGUUUGACAGUCAAAUUGUACUGUUCGCCUGUGACAAAGGAGAUUUUGCUAAGCAAUCCAAAAUAUGGAUUCUGGGAAAACCACGUUGUUGCUCUUGAGGUGGAAGACCCAACUCAAAUAUCUCUGGUUGAUGAAAUCUCAGGAGAGAAAGAGGACAUUCUGGUAACACUGAUUCCAGCUGGACACUGCCCUGGAUCUGUCAUGUUUUUGAUAGAAGGGGACCGUGGCACGGUGCUGUACACCGGGGACUUCAGGCUGGCCCAGGGGGAGGCAGCCCGGAUCGAGUCUUUGCACGUUGGCGGCCGGAUAAAGGAUGUUCAGAGCGUUUACCUGGACACGACGUUUUGCGAGCCCCGGUUCUUCCAGAUACCAAGCAGGGAAGCUUGCUUAGAUGGCAUACGGGAGCUGGUGAGGGAGUGGAUCGCCAUCAGCCCGAACCACGUGGUGUGGCUCAACUGUAAAAUCGCCUACGGGUACGAGUACCUCUUCGUAAACCUCUCCGAGGAGUUCGGGUGUCAGGUUCACGUGAGGAGCACGCGCGUGUUCGCAGGGAUGCCCGAAAUGCUGUGUCACGUGACCACGCGCCGCGACACGCAGAUCCACGCAUGCAGAUUAGCCGAGGGUGAGGAGUAUAUCAGAGGCAGCAGGCUGCCUUGUGGCAUGAAAGCCCCGGACGGAGCUUCGCUACACGUCAUAAGCGUCAAGCCCUCAACCAUGUGGUUUGGAGAGCAGACCAAUAAAACUGCCGUAAUUGUCAAAACGGGGCCGACAUCUUACCGAGCCUGCUUCUCCUUUCACUCCUCAUACUCGGAGAUCAAAGAUUUCAUGUCCUACAUUUGCCCCGUCAACAUAUAUCCGAACGUUAUCCCGUAUGGAAAAACUCUACAGGAAGUUCAACAGAUAUUAAAACCGAUGUGCAGAGAGCACUGUGGACGUGGAUUAGUGGUGUACAAACCUCUGGGAACCCUUAAAAGAUCGAAAGUGGAACAAAUAACAAAAGACUCUGACAGCGAGUGUGAUUUAUUUGACGACGAGGAUUUGGCUCCCCGCCGCAGGAAGGUGCCAGGUAAACACCCCCCUGAAAAAGACGGGUCACCGGUCCCAGAGAGGGUGGUCCCUAUGACGGACCCUGAACCCACGAACACGGCCGGCCUGCUAAAUGAGAACUUCCUGGACUGCACGGAAUCGAACGACGAGGAGGAAGACAGCGAAGAUGAAGGAGGUGAACCGGCAAGCCAAACCUCAGACAAGUCGUCGAGUGGCACCCACAAGGAGCCAAACGGAACAGACGGCGGCCAUCUUGGAUCAAAGCCCCCCACGUGGGAGGCGUUUUUCUCAGUCGACCCGGAGCUGACGGACGAGAGCCUAGAAAGCAGCCAGACACGACGGGUGGAAAUGGGGGCCUCGCAGUCUCCCAGACUCUUCAGCGACUCGGACGAUGACUCCUCCCACUUCUCAUCUCAGUCCACCCACAUCUCAGACCCAGGUAUCAACAGCCAGGUGGACACCAUCCUUAUCCGCCCGCCGGAAAACGUACAGGGAGACGCUGGGCUUACCAGCCACUCCAGAGAGCCCAGGGAUGCAUGUUUCACGCCGACGGCGACCGAGGGAGAAAAGCCAGAUUCCCAAGUCUCGUCCGAUUUUGAAGUCCCCCCAACGCCUGAAUCAAACCCCCCUCAGCUAGAGGACCUGAAGGAAUUGUACAAAAGACUGGCCGCAGGAGAAUCUCUUUUUAAGACAGGCAAUCAGACGGGCAGCCUCUAGGACACCUCGGUAGAUAACUACGGACCCAUUAAUGAAUUUUAAUACCUGACACUAAGAUGGGCCUUCAGGGAACAUCCAUUGUAUUCGCACAACAGUAUCUUGCACAGUUAAAAUUCAAUGUUUACAAUGCAUUUAACAUCUGCUGGACUAAUUAAAAUUGAAUGAUAACAGUAUGAUAUUAUCAAUGUUAACUUUUUACCUCAUGGAAAUUGCACAAAACAAGGAUUGUAAGAAUUUUAAUUACUACUUAAUUAAAUGCAUUUCUCAGAUCUAAACCGAA